AACUACAUGUAAACAUUUCAUAGCAUCGCGUGAAAGAUUUACUUUAAAAAAGGGGUGCACUGUACGCUAGGUCUCACAAGUCCUGGUCCACUUAGCUUCUGAGUCGCCACUCUCACUUCCCUCGAGGUGACUUCGGUGCUCGGCUUGGAAGCGGCCUUGCCUGACUGCUUGCGAGUGCCCCUGGCGGACAUGGAUAAAAGUUUCCUCGCCCGGAUUACAGCCGCUGAACUCUUGGACGCUUCGACAGAAGAUUUGAGAUUCGUGUCGUUACGGAGGACGUCGGAUCGGCAACCAACUUGCUCUAACGCAGUCGACUGGCGAACCUCAAGCGAAACACGGCUGAGGCUUCACUCGGCUACUUGGUGGAGGACUGGCUGUCCCGCCGUCACCGUCGCUCUGCGAACACCGUGGGUCGGUGAAACAGCACCGCCGCCUGGCCAACACAUUCUGAUCCUGUCGAGCAGUUGCAUCCCCUGUGCCAGAGGCCUCAACUGCCCAGUGCACUGCAGGUCAAGGGAAGCCUCGCCGUUCAGAGCCACUCUUCACCAUGGCCAAGAAAUGCGCUGUUUGCGCCAAAAUGUGCCCGAGUUUAUCGUCUCUCACUACGCACCUUAGCUCGCACACUGGGGAGAAGCCCUUCAAGUGUGCGCUGUGCAGCAAGAGCUUCAGUCUGAAGUGCAACCUUCGGAGCCAUGUUCGGACCCACACCGGGGAGAAGCCUUUCCAGUGUACGCUGUGCAGCAAGAGCUUCAGUCUGAAGGGCAGCCUUCGGAGCCAUGUUCGAACACACACUGGUGAGAAGCCGUUUAAAUGCUCCGUGUGCUAUGCGAAUUUUAGGCAGGAAGCCCACCUUCGGAACCAUCUUCAUAUCCACACUGGGGAGAAGCCUUUUGAAUGCUCCGUCUGCUGUGUGAAGUUUAGUCAAGAAGCCACCCUUCGGAACCAUCUUCGAACCCACACCGGGGAUAAGCCUUUUGAAUGCUCCGUCUGCAAUGCGACGUUUAGACAUGAAGCCUCCCUUCGGUACCAUCUUCGAACCCACACCACCGAGAAGCCGUUUGAGUGCUCCGUCUGCAAAAGGAAGUACAGUAAUGAACCCAACCUUCGUCGCCAUCUGCGAACCCACACUGGUGAGAAGCCUUAUAAAUGCUCCGUCUGCAACGUGAAGUUCAGUCGUGAAGACCACCUUCGGAGCCAUCUUCGAACCCACACCGGGGAGAAGCCUUUUGAGUGCUCCGUCUGCAAUGCGAAAUUCAGUGCCAGUUGCAACCUUCGUCGUCAUGUUCGCAACCACAUUGUGGAGAAGGCUUAGUCCCAGGCUGGUAUGGGUCAUGCGAGUUUUUUCCAUUUUCAGAGGUAGUGAUAUGCUUCAGUUUGUUGAAUUAAUUGUUCUCAUGUGUUUACGUAUGGACCAUUGGUUUUUUUUUAAUGAAGGAUGUUAUUCUUGACAAUUAUUCAAUCCCCAGAGGAUGGGCUUGCAGCCGAAUUAAGCCUUGGCAAGUCACUGCAUGUGGACUUGAAUUGGGCAGUUGGCAGCCUCUGCAGUGAAUAUUGAGCACUCCAUUAAUUUGUGCAAAGUGGUCCGUUAAGUUUCAUGAACUGACAUCACAUUGUCGCCUAAAGUCUCUUGAAACUAAGGCUGAAUGAAACAGAGUUUUGGGCCCUUUUUUCUCGUUUGGAGCAUGAGGUCGUGACAGAAUAGUCCUGCUUCGUACUAUGAAAGAACUAGAUUAAGUGAUUCUACAUUUUUAUAUUUGAUAUGUGGUUAGUACUCUGCAAAAACUCUAUCACAAAGGGGGUAGAUACGUUAAUGCUUCAGUCUUUUUAUUGAGUUCUUCUACCUGUAAUUUACCUCAGUUACUUUUUUCUCCCUAAAUUCCAAAUCAAGUCAAAAGUAUUUUUCAAUAUUUAAUUGAAGCACAGAACUCUGCUAUAUAACUUUUUGUUAGCAGUUUGCACUCGCUCUCUUAAACGACGGUAGGUUACCCGGAAAUUGUUUGUGCUGCGGUGAUUGCAACCAGGCUGAAAUAGAGCCCCUCGCAGCACGCACGCGUGACAGCCGGAUUUCGGCCUUACUGUGGUUUUGGAUUUUUUCUUGUGAAAAAGUGCUCCAUGUUUAUCUACGUAAUUUGACCGAAGUCACUGUUAUUUUCAUAGAUCGAAAUGUCUAUUCAUGUUUUUUGAUAAAACCCACGUUUCUCAAAAGUAAAAACCCUUUCUUUGUCACAUGUUUGUCGACCUUUAGGAGGCAGUGUCUUCUCAGCACUGGUUUUGAUGUUUUUAGAUUAAAGAGCUUGAUUAAAAUAAUUUUGAGCAUCAUCAUAAGACAGCUUGCUUUCUGUCUUUUCAUACUUGUGCAACUUGCUAAAAGGUUCACGUCAUUUCAAGAUUGUAAAUACUCC